CUCGGCUGCAACCUUGUUGUGCCCGAACAGAGUCCCUGACAUCCGCCCCGUCUAGCCACCACCCCCUCUUCCGGUCAUUGUCGCCGACUCGCCUUCAGCUCCUCCAACCUAGUUGGCCUCUUCGACGAAUCAGGGUUUAGCGUCUCGAUCGGCAAAUCCCGAGACGACCCAUUCUGCUUUACUGCUUCCUCGUCGGGUGGAACUCUAUCUUCUGCUGCAUCAUCGCCGCAGUAACAAAAGAAGUAACAAAAGAAGGUGGAGGCAACGGAAAUCUCCGCCGACGCCGAUGAGGACGAUCCAUCACGAAAUUAACUCUUUAGCUUGAGCUACCCAACAAUGGCGGAGCAACAGAAGAGUGAAUUCUCAGAAUCAGCAGCAGCCGACAAAGCCCACUGUUUGGUUGUCAUUCCAGGGCAAGGCCACAUCAGCCCAAUCCUCCAAUUCUCGAAGCGCUUAAUCCCCAAACGAAUCCGGGUCACCAUCGCCCCGACCCGAUUCAUCGCCAACACCGCCACCCUCACCGGCACCGCCGGGAGCGACAUCCAUCUCCGCCCCAUCUCCGACGGCUACGACAAGGCGGAAUCGCUUCCGUCGAGGACGGCCAGACCUACUUCGACACGUUCCGGCGAGUGGGUUCCCAAAUCCUCGCCGAUCAAGUUCGUCAACAAAGGAAUUCAGGCCACCCUGUCCACUUUGCGUCUACGACCCUAAAAGAAUACACCGACAAUAAUCACACAAAACCCAGAUCAAUGAACUGAGUUCGAAUAAGAAAAGGGAAGGAAGGAACUCGUGUAUAGAGAAAAGGGAGGUGAUUGAUUUUGAUCCAAAUAAUAAAACAAAAACCUAUUUUUGUUGUUUUUGGUAAAGUGGUUCGUUUAAACAAAAGUGAAAAAUUGCCCCAAAAUUUAAUUUUUUAAUUGCCACGUCAUGCAUUUAACUGUCAACUAUAAGAGUUAAACGCCACAUCAGUAAAAGUUAAUAGAGACUAACGGCGAGUGACCAAACUUGGACUGUUAACCUAAUUUAAGUGACUAUAAAUUGAAUAAAUUAAU